AUGUCCAAUCGCGAAGAAUCUAUUCAAUCUGCUAUCCGCGAUUAUCAUAAUGGUGUUUUUAAAUCACAAAAAGCUGCUGCUGCCGCGUAUGGCGUCUCGCGAUCAACACUGCGCCAUCGUCUCGCUGGGCGAGUACAACGCGUAAUAGCUCACCGCCACGAGCAGCGAUUAU